UAUAUGUGUGAUGUGAGGAAGUCGGUUCGUGUACGAUCAAGAAUAUAUUUAGAUUAAAUCGCAUAUAUAGAGCGUUGCAGAAUCACUCGUCAGGAUGGUACUCAUUGCUGCUGCGGUAUGCACCAAAGCCGGAAAAACUAUAAUUUCUCGACAGUUUGUCGAAAUGACAAAGGCGAGGAUAGAAGGCCUACUUGCUGCAUUCCCGAAAUUAAUGAGCUCGGGUAAACAGCAUACAUUUGUAGAAACAGAAUCUGUUAGAUAUGUUUAUCAGCCUCUUGAUAAAGUAUACAUGCUGCUUAUUACAACUAAGGCCAGCAAUAUUUUGGAAGAUUUGGAAACUUUAAGGCUCUUUGUGAAAGUGAUUCCAGAUUAUUGUGUCUCAAUGGAUGAACUUGAAAUAGCAGAUAAUGCGUUCAGUUUGAUAUUCGCAUUUGACGAAAUAGUUGCAUUGGGCUAUAGGGAAAAUGUAAAUUUAGUACAAAUCAGAACCUUUGUGGAAAUGGAUUCACAUGAAGAGAAGGUUUAUCAAGCAGUCCGAAUGACACAAGAGCGUGAAGCUAAGAACAAGAUGCGUGAAAAGGCCAAGGAAUUGCAGAAACAGAGGAUGAUGGAAGCUAACAAAAAAGGUGGACUUAAAAGUCCUGGAUUUGGUGGAGGAUAUGGAAGCGGUAGCCUACCAGCUACUCCGUCUGUUGGUGAUACAGCUAACUUUGUGCCUGAACCAAUUAUACCUCCUUACAAGUCCAAACAGAAACCAAUAAAUGCUGGACCUGGUGCAAUGAAAUUAGGUGGAAAGUCUCGCGAUGUAGACUCAUUCGUUGAUCAAUUAAAGGAGGAAGGAGAAAAUGUCGUAACAGGACCUCUUUCUGUUCUUGGAACAAAAUCCACACAAACUCCUCAGAUAAUUAACACGGAAUUGGUUCACUUAAGACAAGAAGAACAUCUUAAUGUACGCGUCGGACGGGAUGGAGGUUUACAAAAUUUCGAGUUGCAUGGCUUGGUAACUUUACACAUUUCUGACGAGAAAUGGGGACGUAUCCGUGUGCAAAUCGAGAACAGCGACACAAGAGGAAUACAAUUACAAACUCAUCCAAACGUGGACAAGGAAUUAUUUAGAUCACAUGGACAGAUAGGCCUGAAAAUACCUACGAAACCAUUCCCAUUGAACACUGACGUCGGCGUGUUGAAAUGGCGUUUCCAAGCUCAAGACGAAACAGCAUUACCAAUUUCAAUAAAUUGCUGGCCUUCUGAAAAUGGAGAAGGUGGUUGCGACGUGAAUAUUGAAUAUGAAUUGGAACAGGCCGAUCUUGAGUUGAAUGACGUCCAAAUAAACAUUCCUCUACCUAUGGGAUGCAAUCCUAUUGUCAGUGAAUGCGACGGACAGUACACGCACGAAGCACGACGAAACGCGUUAGUUUGGUCUUUACCAUUGAUCGAUGCUUCAACGAAAUCAGGCUCUAUGGAAUUUUCAGCCCCAUCUUCUACACCUGCAGAUUUCUUCCCACUUCACGUUUCGUUUACGUCUAAAACGUCGUAUGCUAAAAUUAAGGUUAGCGAAGUUCUGCUUGUAGAAGAUCAGAGCCCAGUUAAGUAUUCAGUAGAAUCAGUGUUCUUUACUCAUAAAUAUGAAGUUGUAUAAGACAUUAUGGAUAAUAGAUGAAAAGUAUUUGCGUAUGUAAGAAUCUGAAAAUAGGCACAGUUCAGUGGGAAAGCAUAAUGUUAUGAUCAACAAUCAAGAUUGACUACUAUUUGAAUUUAUUUUUAUUGCCAUACAGCCAUUCUUACGUGAUCCAUUGAACAUUGAUAUAUGUCAUUUGCUAUAUUUAUGUACAUGUAUCAAUUCAAUAUGCUAUUUAAUAACUGUUCAGUGCCGAAUACUUAUACACAUUUGUAAAACAAAAAGAAGAUAUAUUUUAAUUAGACUAAACUUGGUUA